AUGGAUCCAUAUAAAUUCAACAGUUGGAUAAGAAUUUUAAUAUCUUUUUGUUCAUCUGGUGUUUAUAUUUUAGUGUCUUUAAUGUUACCUUUGUUUGUGGCAAAAUUUGAUUUUGAGACAAGAUAUGGAAUAUUUUUUAUAGAUCCUUAUAAUGAAAAAUUUUUAAGAUGGGAUGAAUAUGAAAGUCAAAUUUGUAAUAAGGAUGAAAUUAAUCCUCCAAAUCCAAAGAUACCUCAACACAAAAGUGAUUUAUUUUGUCAUUCUUUAUCUUUUUUUAAAAAAUAUUUUUUAAUAGUAUUUAUAGUAAUUCUGAUAAAUUUAAUUAUAGUCAAAAGUUUACUUAUAUAUUCUCACUUUAGAGAACAUCCUGAGACUUUUGCAGUAAAACAUGUAAAGUUUUGUAAUAAAUUAAUUAUUUUAAUUGCAUGUCUAUCAUUAAUUAAUUCUGCCUUAAUUAUUAUCCCAGCCUUUCUUUUUAAUAAAAAAAAAGAAUUCGGAGAGAAACAUUAUUUACAUCCUGGAUUUUAUAUAUUACUUUCUGAUUUUUUAUCACACUUGGUAGUUAUAAUUUUUCUACAAAGAGAUAAGACAAUAUUGAAAUGUGUGUGUGAAUUGGAACUUUUGCCUUGGGAGAAAAAACAGAAAUUACCAGUUUACAAUGUUGAUUUUAAUGAUACAUUAAUUAGUCCAAAUGAAAUAACAAAUUAUCUUCAAAGGAUAUUUCAUGAGGAUAACAUAAAUGAGGAACAGCUAAAAAAUUAUUUUAAAACAGAUAAUUAUGAGGAAAUUUAUUAUAUUAUUAUGAAUAAUAUAAAAAUCCAAAACGAAAUGAUGAAUAGAUAUUGA